AUGGCAAAAACACGGACAGUUCAGACCUGUGAGGCGUGUCGGAAAGCAAAAGUACGCUGCGAUCGAGGAAAGCCACAGUGCUCACGGUGCUCCAAGACCAACCGCGAAUGUUUAUAUCCUACAGAGGAACCAAGCUACUCCCAUGAAUCCUCGUCCGCAUCUUACACUGCAUUAUCUGAUCCCGCUAGCCCCAAUCAGGUCAAUCCACGGCCGGCCGACCGGAACAGGGCCACCUCGACUUCGGGCUCGGAGGCGAGCGAGGCCCUCGGUUCCGCCGAAGUAUCGAAUGAAAAUGAAAACCCUUGCAAUGGGUUAUAUUCUCUCACUGAGGCUGGGCCACAGCACUGGGUAUCACGCAGAAGAAAGCGAAAUACUAUAUCUUGUGUUCGCUGUCGACGUAUGAAGGUACGCUGCGAUCGUCGGUUACCAUGCGCUCGUUGUUCAAAAAUAAAUAAGGGCGACGAGUGUGUUUAUGCAAAACCUGAAAGGACUGCCGACGAUGAUGGCCUGCUUUCUCGCCCUUCUAGUGAUAUUCCGCAAGCACCAGUCACACAUCGAAUAUGGAGGUCCAAGUUCCGCACAGGGGCUCAUUGGGCCAUUUUAAUACAAGAUAUGGAGAGUCUAUAUACCCCAACUUGUUCCCAGGAUAAGAAGCUUAUUCCCGAUGAUGAUACCAAAAGUGUUCUUGAGACUUCAUGGUCUCCAAACUACCCAUUUGGUGAAAAGCCUCGUCGCUCGAAAUCAACAAGAAAAGCGAUGUUGGCUUCUAUUCCUAACAGGGACAUAGCGGACAAGUUCGUCCAAGCCUAUCUUGAUGUGAUUGAAACAUCACACCGCAUUCUUCACAUUCCGACUUUCCUGCUUCAAGUGCAAGCCUUUUGGGAUCAGCCUAAUGCGGCCGAUGAUAGCUGGCUUGCGCAAUACUUUACCAUCCUUGCACUAGGUUGCGAUGCUUCUAGAGCUGAGGCGCCUGAAACAGCAGAGCAUUAUAGCGACCUACGCAAUACACUGUUGACUGCCGCAGAAACCUGUCUCAGACUCACUCCAUUCCUAUAUCGACCAUCAUUAGCUAAUCUCAGAACGUUGUGCCUCAUUGUCAUUGCAAAACAGAUAUAUACCAUGUCAUGCUCUGAACAUGAAGCGUGCUGGCCACUCACUGGCCUUACAGUCCGGCUAGCAAUGCUAACGGGCCUCCAUUCAUGCAAUAGCAAUAGGUUCUAUUCACCCUUUCAUGCCGAGAUGAGGAAUCGGCUAUGGGCUGCGAUAUGUUUUAUGGAUCUCAAACAGUCAUUACUCUCGGGAAUGCCACUUCAAAUGACGAUAGAGACAUUUACAUGCGCUCAACCUGCAAAUAUCAAUGAGGAUGAAAUAAAUGAGUCGUUCAGUGGCGAAAUAUCUAGUCGACCGCUUCCAGCAAGGACCGAUGCUACCGUGCUGGUCAUUUUGCAUGAUGUUUUCCCACUAGUCGCGGAGAUUCUGAAAGCAGUAAAUUCAGCAGAUUCAUCUUUUCAAUAUGAAACUGCUCUAGAGUACGAUCGACAGCUAAGGUUCAAGAUGAAGGAAUAUGAAAUCAUUCUCCAAACGCCUCCAAGACGCCCAGUUGAGCCUACCGAAUGCGCAGCAGUUGAUAUUGAUUUUCAAAAGAUUCUCCUCAACGUCUAUUUCCGCCGGGUACUGCUCACAUUGCAUGGUCGUUUUGCCAGACUGCCACAAGCAUUUGUCGAAUACUCGGUUGCCUACUGGUCGUCUUUGGAGUGCUCUCUAGCGCUCCUUGUGCAGCAGAGAGAGUUAGGUGAACAAGCGGCACAUAACCGAGGUGUCGCGACAUGGUUCUCCGGUCUUUUCAAACAGGAUUUCUUCACAGCUGCAAUGACCCUAUGUUUCCACCUGAUUAAAAACGACUCUCCUUUGGAAUUACCCGCAGAGCAUCUCUGUCAGAUUCAAGCCCGGGAGACCGUUCUCGAGACUUUGAGAUGCUGCAGGGAUCUCUGGGAGCAAGAAAAGGAUUUGUCAGGCUGUCAUGGCCGAGCGUGUGAUCUUGUUACCAAGUUGGUAAAUUUCUUGGAAGAAGCGGCCUAA